CGCAGCGCCUCACUCGCCGGGCAGAGGCGCCGCGCAGCUCCAGAGCUCCCUCCGCACCGCCAUGGCUUCUCCUUCCAAGGCGAAGGAGGUCUUCUCCUCCGACGAGGAGGGCCCGGCGGCCGGCGGCGCCGAGGAGCACCACAAAGUGAAGGUGUCCAGCCUGCCGUUCAGCGUGGAAGCGCUCAUGUCCGACAAGAAGCCCCCCAAGGAACCGCCGCUGCCCGCGCCGAGCGGCAGCGCCGACGGGGCGGCCGUGGGCACCUCCAGGAACCUGCUGCUGUCGGGCCACGGGUCCCGGGACGCGCACAGCCCCCCCGGGGCGCUUACAAAAACCUUCGACACCGCCUCGGUCAAGUCGGAGAACUCGGAGGACGGCACGUCCUGGAUCCAGGAGGCCGGGAGAUAUUCCCCGCCGCCAAGACACCUGAGCCCCACUGCCUGCACCCUGAGGAAGCACAAGACGAAUAGGAAGCCCCGAACCCCGUUCACCACUUCCCAGCUGCUGGCUCUGGAGCGCAAGUUCCGCCAGAAGCAAUAUCUGUCCAUCGCCGAGAGAGCGGAGUUCUCCAGCUCCCUCAACCUCACAGAGACCCAGGUCAAAAUCUGGUUCCAGAAUCGGAGGGCCAAGGCCAAGAGACUGCAGGAGGCUGAGCUGGAGAAGCUCAAAAUGGCAGCGAAGCCCAUGUUGCCAUCGGGGUUCAGCCUCCCUUUCCCCAUCAACUCUCCCAUCCAGGCUGCCUCACUGUAUGGAACAUCCUACCCUUUUCACAGACCUGUGCUUCCUAUCCCUCCUGUUGGACUCUAUGCUACUCCCGUUGGAUAUAGCAUGUACCACUUAUCCUAAGAAGAUCAGAAAGACAAAGUGACAGUAAGACAGACUUCCUGGUGGAUCAUGUCCAGCCCUGAGAAGGCAGUACCCCAACCAGUACUGGCCAUUCCUUCUGCACGCUUCUAUCUGCCAUCCUGAGUGUAUGGGAGUUUGUGCUAGCAAAGCAAGGCAUCCUGUAUGCUACAGGUUGGGCGUCUUCUGAGAGUGCUCUGAGCACUCAGAGUCUGAUCCUCAAAGAAAAAAAAAUUGUAAAAACAAACAAACAAAAAAGA